AUGGCGUCCACCACCACUCAGAGACCCUCUUCCUCUUCUUCUUCGACACCUUCACGGAGAUACGAUGUUUUCCUCAGUUUCUACGGUGAAGACACCCGCAAGAGUUUUACCGACCAUCUACAUGCCGCUUUGAAACAGAGAGGCAUUCUCGUAUUUAGAGACGAUGAAAAGCUCGAGCGAGGAAAAUAUGUUUCUAAAGAGCUCUUAAAAGCAAUACAAGAUUCCAAGUAUGGAAUUGCCAUUAUCUCUCCAAAUUAUGCAUCAUCUAGAUGGUGCCUCAUUGAACUUGCCAAGAUGGUCAAAUGCAUGAGAAACACUGGGAGAGUUUUGCCCAUUUUCUACCAUGUGGAUCCAUCCGACGUAGGAAACCAGAGGGGAGCUUUUGCCGAAGCUUUUGGUAGGCAUGAAAAAGAUCCCAAGGUUGACAUUCAGAUGAUGUCAAAGUGGAGAGCUGCUUUGAGAGAAGUGAGCAAGAUCUCCGGAUGGCAUGUACAUGAUAGGCACGAAUCAAUCGUUGUAGAAGAAAUUAGUAGAAGGGUACUUAGUGGAUUGAGUCGUAACUUCUCAAUCGUUUCCAAGGAUUUUGUAGGCAUAGAAUCCCGUGUGGAGGAAAUUAUGAACCUGCUUAGUAUAGGAUUGGAUGAUGUUCGCUUUUUAGGGAUUUAUGGGAUGGGUGGAAUUGGGAAGACAACUUUGUCAAAAGCCAUUUAUGAAAGAGUUUCUCAUCAAUUUGAUGCUAGUUGCUUCAUCACUGAUAUUAGAGAAGAAACUAGAACUCAUGGUCUAGUUUACUUACAAAAACAACUUAUUGUUGAGAUCUUGAUGGAAAGAGAAAUAAAUAUAUGGAAUGAGUAUGGGGCAAGUAGAGUGAUAGUAAACAGACUACGUAAUAAAAAGGUUUUUAUUAUUCUUGAUGAUGUGGAUGAAGUAAAACAACUAGAAGCACUAGCGGGGAGCCAUGAUUGGUUUGGUCAAGGGAGUAGAAUCAUUAUAACAAGUAGAGAUCAACAUUUGCUUAAUAGAUUUGUGGAUAAUACCUACGAGGUUAUGAACUUGAAUUAUCCUGAAGCUUUACAGCUCUUUAGUUGGAAAGCCUUCAAGAAACCUCAUCCUGAAGAAAAUUAUGUUCAAUUGUCUAUGAAUGUUGUGAGUUACGCUCAAGGCCUCCCUUUAGCUCUUGAAGUUUUUGGUUCUUUCUUAUUUGGUAGAACAAUGGAUGAAUGGAAAAAUAUUGCAUGUUUCUUCCAUGGAGCAAAUAUGUAUAGCAGCAUACACAAACUAGAAAGUUUUGGUUACUAUCCGAACAUCAAUAUCAGAGUUCUUGUGGACAAAUCUCUUAUAACCAUCUCGAAUGAAAGAUUGCAGAUGCACAAUUUGUUACAAAAAAUGGGUCAGCAAAUAGUUCAUUGUGAGUCUGCUGAGGAGCCUGGCGAACGCAGUAGAUUGUGGCAUAUUGAGGAUGUUCUUCACGUAUUGAAAAAUAAUACUGGAACUGAUACAGUUAAAGGCAUUGUCCUAAAAUUACCUUUACAGAAACUAGAGCAACUAAAUUUUGAAGCCUUCUCAAAGAUGAAAAAAUUGAAAAUGCUUGAGAUUAGCGGGGUUGGUCAUUUACGCACUAAUCUAGAAUGGCAUGGAGAUCCUUCGAAUUUCAUGCUAAGUAACGAGUUAUGCAUUAUAGAAUGGUGGGAAUAUCCUUUCGAAUCCUUGCCGGCCAGUUUCCAGCCGAAGAAUCUUGUUAUGCUCAAAAUGCCUUACAGCUGCAUCAAACAAUUGUGGGAUAAAAGGAAGAUUUUUGACAAAUUAAAACACAUUUGCCUGAGUCACUCUCAAAACUUAAUCGAGACACUAGACUUGAGCGGAUUCCAAAAUCUUGAGAAACUAGAGCUUGCAUAUUGUACAAGUUUGUCUAAAGUUCACCCAUCCAUUGGAUUUCUAAGACGACUUAAAGAGUUGCAUCUACAAGGUUGCAAACGUCUUAAGAGACUUCCAGACGAGAUUUGCUUGGAAUCACUUGAAGUUUUUAAUCUUUCUGGCUGUUCAAGACUCAACAAGUUACCACUAUCAUUUAAGAGGUUGUCGUCUCUUAAAAAUCUCAAUAUAUCUAAUUGCUCAAGACUAGAGAAAAUCCCAAAAAACAUGAUUAGUGGUAUGAAAUGUCUAGAGCACCUUUGGGUAGGUGGAAAUGCUACAAGGAAACUUCCGAUAGGUAGUGGACCAGAUCCCAUUAUAAGUCUUUUGCUCCCUGAUUCUUUCUCAGGUUUAAGCUCUUUAAGAGAACUAGAUUUGAGUUAUCACAAUCUAUCAAAUGGGAAUGGGGUGAUCGCCAAUAAUUUUAGUUGCUUAUCCUCACUUUGUUCUUUAAAUUUGUCUUGGAGCAAAUUUACGAGGAUAAUAGACGGUGCCUGGCAACUUUCAAAUCUUGAAUGGCUAGAUUUGAGUUAUUGCAACCUAUUGGAUGGAGCGAUGCCGAGUGACCUUAGUUGCUUACCCUUACUUCGUAUUUUAAAGCUAAGUGGGAACAAAUUUACGAGAAUACAAGAUUGUGUGGCUCAACUUUCUCGCCUUUAUAGUCUUGAGUUGGAUGAUUGUAGUUGGCUUCAAGUAUUGCCGAAGCUUCCAUUGGGAUUAAUAAGCUUGAGUGUAAGAAAUUGUCCAUCGCUGGAGUUGUUUUAUAAGCAAAUGGAGAUGUGGAGUUCAAAUGAAAAAUUAAGGAGCAUUGAUGGAUCUUUUGUGGCCGCUUAUAUUGAUUAUGAUGGAACACCCAGCUGCAAGAUCCUACGCCUGCAUCCACGAAGUCCUUUAUGGAGUAAAGAAAGUUUCCAAACUUUUUAUGACUUGGAAGCAUGCGGCCCUGCGCUGGUGGGAUCAGGAAUCCCAAAGUGGUUCAAAGAUAAAAGCAGUAAUUGGUUUGGAAGAAUUCAAUUGCAUACAGAUUUUAGCUCAGUGAAGUGGUGGACUUGGAAGGGGUAUGCUCUUUUUAUUGUUUAUGAAAUUCAUGAGCCUCGCAGUACUCAUCCAAGAAAGAGAAGAAAACUCAAGGUCGAUGAGUGGAAGGAGAAUUCGAAUUCUACAACAAUAUUUGAUGGCAGUAAUAGUAAUUUACCCAACUUUGUUUGUCAAUUUCAAGUGAAUGAAGUUGAUGUUACAGAGCCCUUGGCCCUUUGUGCCCCUGGAUUCCCUUCUAUUGGGUCAAGUGGAUUUUGGGUGUAUAUACCAGCUAACUGGUUCUUAGGGAGAAGAGUGGGAAAUAGCUUUGUGUGUGGAUGGAACAAUCUUAAGGCUUCAAUUACAACAGCCUGCUUGAAUGUUGAGGUAAAGGAGUUUGGGGCGCGUGUAGUACGUGAUCAGAGUGAUUAUUCAGAGUUCUGCCAAGUUGUGAACACCAUUUCUCCACAUGGUUUGGAUUUUAAAAGUACUCGGAAAUCUUCUUUUGAUUUGGUCAAUGGUUAUCUAUUUCUCCACGUGGAUGGCCCUAUUAAAUCUAUGUUGUAG